AUGACCUCCAACACUGACAAUAUAGUGCCCGUGGCGUCUAUUGAUGGUGCUUCAGGUUCAACCGCUGAUUCGCUUGCCACACUCUUCUCACAGUUGAAUGUCCAUGGCAACAAUACGGUCACCUUGUCUUCCGCCCUGCAUAGGGUUGUGCAGAAUGCAGUUGUUGCUGCUUCUCAAGAAGUGGCUAUCGCUGCUGGAGCUCCUGCGAUACCUGCUUCUGCCCCACCAGUCACCACUGCACCGCCAGUCAUUACUGCUGAUCCUCCUGCAGUCACUUCUGCUACUCCGGCCAAUAUUGUCGCUAUUGCUACCGCACGUCACACAAGGACUCACCAUGGAGUGACCUAUGAUGUUCCUCACCCAAACACGUCCGGCCCUUUCUACUGGGUCAACCGUGGGCGUCGUAUUGGUGUUUUCGCGACUUGGCAGGGGACAUCUAUUCACGUAACUGGAGUAAGCCGCUCUUCCUUUUCCAAAAUUCACUCUGUCGCCGAGGGAAUUAGAUUGAUCAAGGGGGCAAUUGACUGCGGGGAGGCUGAGACAAUUUUCGAUACGUAG